AUGAUAGUACGGUCAACAUUUUUUAAAUUAAUCACUGCUGGCAUUGUUAUUUGUGGUGUUGUUGUUAUUAUACUUAAUCUUAUUUCUUACCAUCAAAGUGGCCAUGAUUAUAGCUUACUUGACGACAAUAAUGCAUAUGUUAUGUCGAAUCGUGAUGGUGAUGCAUUGAUUCGUAUUAAAGCUGAUGUUCAAUCGAAUAGUAAACCAGCAAUAUUAUAUGCUAAUAAUGGGAAAACUGAUGUACCGGAAGUACGCAUUCGAGCUUAUAUGAUUUCAAUGAAUCAUGAACAGGAACAACAUGUUCUUGUUCGUGAAGCUGGCGAAGGCAAUUUCAAUAUUCUUCUACUUCAUGGUCAAUCAUUUUCUUCGAAAAUAUGGGAGAAAAUUGGUACGUUGCAAUAUUUGGCAAGUUGGGGAUAUCGAGCAUUUGCAAUUGAUCUACCUGGUUAUGGAAAUAGCUCAUUACCUGUUAUUCAAGAAGCAGCAGCUGCUCAAUGGUUGAUACGACUUAUACGUACGCUUCGUCUUUCAAACUUUGUUAUUAUCAGUCCAUCUAUGAGUGGUCGUUUUGUAUUACCUUAUGUUAUUCAAUCUAAUACUAAACAUCAAUCUAUAAUUGGUUUUGUUCCAAUUGCUCCAGCCGGAACAAAAAAAUUCGAUGCAAAAGAUUAUCAACAAGUUCAAAUUCCAACCUUGAUUGUACACGGUGAAAAUGAUACAGACUUCCAAUAUGCAAUCAACACUCUGAAAUUAAUUCCAUCUAAUGAAGUAUUGACGAUUAAAAAUGCUUCACAUGCUUGUUAUGUUCAACAGCCACCACAGUUUCACAAUGGUCUCCGACAAUUUCUCUAUACUAUUUAUCGUCCAAUUUAUAUUGAACAAUAUAAAUCACGUGCAGCAUCAUUAACUAAUUCUAAUUCUUCAUUAUUAUUAGAAAAAUCAGAUGAUCAUGGCAGAAAUACUAAAUUAAAAAAAGAAUCCAAUAAUCGAACAAUAAGUGAAAAACACACGCACGUUCAUUAA